GCGGGUCUCUGUCUGUCGGUUUGUUUGGGGAGCGAACGGCUCUUACCGGGCGGAGCUCCAGCCGGCCGCGGCGGGAUUCAGAUCCUUAAAUAAGUGCCUUGGACUGCAGAUUUCUCACAAUGACUAGUAGUGUGCCUUCUGAUGUGCUUGGUCGAAGAAUCCUGUGUGAUACAGAAUAUGCAACUGUGCGGUAUGCUGGUAGUGUUCCUCCCACAACAGGACUUUGGCUUGGAGUAGAAUGGGACAAUCCUCAAAGAGGAAAGCAUAAUGGCAGCCAUGAAGGAGUACAGUAUUUUAAAUGCGGUCACCCUACAGGAGGAUCCUUUAUCCGCCCAAACAAGGCAAAUUUUGGUGUGGAUUUUCUUACUGCAGUAAAGAACCGCUAUGGAUUGAAUGAUGAGCAAGAUGUUGAAUGUGAGAAAGAGAAUGCAUUAGUCAUUGGAAAGAAGACUGUGGAACUUGUUGGUUUUGAUUCUAUUAUAGAACAACAAAGUCAGCUGAACAAAUUGGUAGACAUCUCAGUGAGAGAAUGUGCAGUGAGCCAUGCUGGUCAGAAAGAGGAAAUCAGCAGAACGUGUCCUAAUAUCAGGAGUAUAAAUCUAUCAAAAAAUCUGUUGCCAUCCUGGGAGAAAGUAACAGAUAUUGCUUGUCAAGUUCAGAAUCUGGAAAGUCUUGAUCUCAGUGAAAACAAGAUGAAAUUUCCAUCUGAUUCUGGUUCUAUAACCUGUACACUUGGUAAAUUGAGGGUUCUGGCACUUAAUCGAACUGGAGUAACAUGGGCAGAGGUUCUUCUGUGUUCUCCAGAGUGGCCAGCACUUGAAGAAUUGUACCUUGCUUCUAAUGAUAUUACAGUUUUAGAAAGACCCAUUAAUGUUCUACAGACCUUGAAAUUGUUAGACCUUUCAAACAACCAAUUAAUUGAUGGAAGUCAACUGCAGCUAAUAGCAUAUCUCCCCAGAUUAGAACAACUAAUUCUUUCAAACACUGGAAUUUCUUCUAUACACUUUCCUGAUGGUGGAUUUGGAUGCAAGACUAAAAUGUUUCCUUUAUUACAACGUCUUGCAGUAGAUGACAAUAAAAUAUCGCAAUGGUCAUUUAUCAAUGAGCUUGAUAAGCUACAAUGUUUGCAGUCACUGCACUGUCAGAAUAACCCUUUGAUGGGCACAGAGAAGAGCCCAGAGACCGUGAGGCAGCUUAUCAUUGCCAAAAUAGGCCAAUUAAAGGUUCUGAACAAAUCUGAGAUCUUUCCUGAUGAAAGAAAGGGAGCAGAGCUUGACUAUCGCAAAAUGUUUGGCAAUGACUGGAUAACGGCUGGUGGAAAUCAGAAUCCAGACAAAAACAGACCAAAUGAGGAAUUUCUUGCUGCUCAUCCUAGGUACCAGUUACUCUGCCUUAAAUAUGGUGCUCCUGAAGAAGGUGAACUGAAACGACAACAGCCUUUCAUUCUGAAAAAUCAGCUGCUAACUUUGACAAUUAAAUGUCCGGACAAACCUGAUCAGAAACCUAUAGAGAAGAAACUACCAGAUUCUAUGACUAUUCAGAAGGUCAAAGGCUUGCUGUAUCGUCUACUUAAAAUUCCUGGUUCAGAACUGAAAUUGUCCUACGAAAGUUCUAAAAUGGAAGGCAAAGAAAUUGAACUAGAAAAUGACCUAAAGCCCUUGCAGUUUUACUCUAUAGAAAAUGGAGACACUAUGUUAGUACGGUGGUAACUUUUUUUUUUUUUUAAACUGGUAUCUUCUGAAGAUGCACAGUGCUGUUCAGCCCAAGCCUGCCCCAGGAGAGCAUCUACAAUUUCUACCACUCUUCCUGUACGUAUUUAACGUGGAUUUUAUAAACCGGGACAGAGGGCUAUUUGAAACGAUGCUUGUAACUCCUGCAUGUAUAUUUUCAAUAAAUUAGUACCUGUGAGUUUGUUAGAGAUUAAAUGGAA